ACAAUUUUCUGUUCAGCAAUAAAGUUGAUAAAAAUUGCUACUUAAAAAACCUAUAAAGAAACAAGAUGUUGUUAUAAUGGUGUAUUAUUUUAAUAUAGCACAAUUAUCAAAGACGAAUGUAACGUUGAUUUGUAUUGUAAAUUUUGUUUGACUCACAGUUGAAGUGACGUGGAUGUGCGAAAGUAGCUUCUGCUGCACGAAAAACAAAACAAAUUAAACCAAAUUUAUAUUUAUUUUGUUAAAUUAAAGUCAACAUCAAUAUGGUUGCGAAUUGGCGGGAUCUCUUCCCGACAAAAUUAACUUUUGUGAUUUUUAUCUUUUAUAUGACAUUAUUUAUAGGACAAGGGAUUUUUGUGACAGCUUCACAGGAAACAAACAAUUCCUAUAAAUAUAACACGGUGACAGUGGUGCUAUUAACGGAGGUUCUUAAGCUUUUGGUUUCUGCCAGUUUAUAUUGUCGCGAAAAUAAUCUCAAAUCCUUGGUUCGAGAUGUGCGCAAGGAUUCAAACGUUAUGAUGCUAUACUUUGUGCCAGCAUUCCUAUAUUGUCUAUACAAUAAUUUGGCAUUUGUGAACUUGGCGACAUUCGAUCCAACUACAUAUUAUUUACUACUACAGCUACGUGUAGUUGUAACUGGGGUCUUGUUUCAAAUCAUUUUCAAGAAAUACCUCACAAAACGUCAAUGGAUCUCCUUGAUAUUGCUUACAAUCGGUUGCAUGCUGAAGCAGUUGAACUUUAACAGUUUCUACAGUGAUGCCAAUGAUGAUAGCGAAGCAGCAAGUAUAUUCGUGAGAAAUACAACACAAGUGGCCAAUGGUGGCGAUACAGCCAAGAUGAUGAACAAAAAUAUGACUGGCUUUGAUUUCAGUUUAAGUGCAUUACUAAUAGUGGCUCAGACACUUUUCUCGUGCUUGGCUGGCGUUUACAAUGAGUACUUACUGAAGGAUAAAGGCGCUGAGGUUAACAUAUUCGUACAGAAUGUGUACAUGUAUGUGGAUUCAAUUGUCUGCAAUGCAAUCAUCUUAUUGUUGAGAAAUGAAUUUUUAGCGGCUUUCACGAGGGAAAGUUUAAGUGCCAUUUUUCGUUUUAAUGUGAUUAUUAUUAUUGUGAACAAUGCAGCCAUUGGGAUUGUAACUAGUUUUUUCCUGAAAUACAUGAACUCCAUUUUGAAAACGUUUGCUAGUGCAUUGGAACUACUAUUCACAGCUGUGCUGUGUUACUUUCUCUUCGCCAUCCCCAUUUAUGUCAAUACAGCGUUAGCCAUUGCGAUGGUGUCUUUCGCGAUAUACCUAUAUUCACAAAGUCCCGUGGUAAAUAUGGGUAAAGUGCGGCCUAUUAAUAGCAUAAAUGAAGUCAUCCACAGCUAUGAUAAACGCAAACUCUUAGACUCCGAAGAUGAAACGGACUUGGAGAUGGAAAUAGUAUAGUCUGCGCUUUUUAGUUUGUUAUGCUUAUUUGCCAAAAUUAAAAUAUAUUUUAUAAAUAUUUUUAUAAAUAAAUUUGUUGAUAUUUGUGUUAGUGUAAGUUGAGAAUAUUGUGAGAUGGUAUAAAAAAUAAUUAUAUACAUAUGUUAAUGUUUAUAUUUAAUUAUUAAGAAAGUAUUGUAAUUAUUUUGUUUAAAAAUUCUGAUAUUUUCUAUUGAAAUAGAAACUAUUUUUAAGAUUUACUUUAAUAAUAGUUAAGUUAGUUAAGUACACGAAAUGCCUCAAUAAUGACAAACUAGUGGCCCUAUGCCUUCUUUGGCAAAGUACACGCUAAGAAAAAGAUAAAUGACAAAAUAGGUACUCGCUUAUAUACAUAGAAGUGCAAGUUUGUAUAUAUAUGAUUACAUAUCGUAUAUAAAUAUAUACAAUAUG